AGAGGGAGAGUACUCCCAGCACAGUCUGAUCAGUGGUUCCGUCCUCUUCUUGUUAUAUGGAUUACAGCUCCCACUGCUUACUGGAUCUCCCCUUGUCAUUACUGGAAACUAACACUGAACCAGCAUAGAGGAUUUUUAUUGGAGUAUUAGGAGUUUUGACAGCAGUUACUUUAAUACAGGUGGAAUUUGCAAGUAAUUAUACAAUACAAACAGUUGUAGAUGAGUAUGGAGAUGAACGGUCGUGCCCUGCCACCGUCAAUACCUGAGGAUAGAGAAGCACUGGACCAUGUUUCUCAUGGGAAGAUGAACGGUUACCACCAGAGGUUUCAGGGUGGGGACGGGGGAGAGGCUGAGGUCCCAGUGUCCAAGUCCCAGAGGCGGAAGAGUGAUGUCAAAGUCUAUAAGGAGUUUUGUGAUUUUUACGCUCGCUUCAACAUGGCCAAUGCUCUGGCCAAUGCCAUGUGUGAGCGCUGCAAGAGUGGCUUUGCCCCGGCAGAGAAGAUAGUGAACAGUAACGGGGAACUUUACCAUGAGCAGUGCUUUGUGUGCGCCCAGUGUUUCCAGCAGUUUCCAGAGGGACUCUUCUAUGAGUUUGAAGGCAGGAAAUACUGUGAACAUGACUUCCAGAUGCUGUUCGCUCCCUGCUGCCACCAGUGUGGUGAAUUCAUCAUUGGCCGCGUGAUCAAGGCCAUGAACAACAGCUGGCAUCCGGACUGUUUCUGCUGUGACAUCUGCCAGGCUGUGCUAGCCGAUGUUGGUUUUGUAAAGAAUGCUGGAAGGCACCUGUGUCGCCCAUGUCACAACAGAGAGAAAGCUCGGGGCCUCGGCAAGUACAUCUGUCAGAAGUGUCACGCCAUUAUUGACGAGCAGCCUCUGCUGUUUAAGAAUGACCCCUACCAUCCCGAUCACUUCAACUGCAACAACUGCGGUAAGGAGCUGACUGCUGAUGCCAGGGAGCUGAAGGGGGAGCUCUACUGUCUGCCCUGCCAUGACAAAAUGGGUGUCCCCAUCUGCGGGGCCUGUAGGAGACCCAUUGAGGGCCGUGUGGUCAAUGCCAUGGGCAAGCAGUGGCAUGUGGAGCAUUUUGUGUGUGCUAAGUGUGAGAAACCCUUCCUGGGACACCGUCACUACGAACGCAAGGGCCUGGCCUACUGCGAAACACACUACAACCAGCUGUUUGGAGAUGUCUGCUACCACUGCAACCGUGUUAUUGAAGGAGAUGUGGUGUCUGCUCUUAACAAGGCUUGGUGUGUCAACUGUUUUGCCUGCUCUACCUGCAACACCAAGCUCACCCUCAAGAACAAGUUUGUGGAGUUUGACAUGAAGCCAGUUUGUAAGAAGUGCUACGAGAAAUUCCCUCUAGAGCUGAAGAAGAGACUGAAGAAGCUGUCUGAAACUGUUGCACGGAAGUAAACACACAGUCGAGCCGCAGGAGGGAUGGAAAGAUGAGGCCGUGAGGUGGCCAUGCAUGGAAGAAGUCACAUUUCCAGAAUUGACAAUCGUAUAAGAUAGAAUUUGUGUGUUUUAUAUCAUUGUUAUUUUAAAUUUAGGUUAGUUAUUUCAGAUGCAGCUGCAAAGCACUGAGGUUCAUUUCAUGAGCCUGAAACUGAAACAGUCAGAUUGUUGCUCAGUCAGUCAGUCAGCAGCUUUAACUUUAACCUGCUCAGCUCCUUUAGGCUGAAUUACUGCACUGUACGUUUUGUCAUAUGCUUGCUUUAUUUCACUGCUAUGCAUAUGUAUACAUAUAUACAGUAUAAACAUAAACACAAGCGAUUAUGGUCGUGUAUUUAAUAAUAACAUUAGCUUUAGGAGAACAUUGAAACAUGGGGAUAAUAUAAUUACUCAAAGCUGUAUUGACAGCUUGUUCAGCUGUUUGCCAACUUGUCCCGGGAUGCCAAAAAUCUGUUGCCUGUUUGACUUACUGUAUGUUACUGAUACUCCUGUAUAAUAUUAGAGUAAAACCAAAACAAAGCUGGGGGAAAAUUGCAGUUGUACUGAAUGUGUAUAUAAUAUCUCUAAUAUUUCAUGUUUUCCACCAACACAUUUUUAUGUAUUACUAAUGUGUAUUUUCUGCAGUAUUAUACAAAAUAAGUUUGUGUUUAGCUCUAUAUGAUUAGAAUUUUCCGCAUCAACAGUUUAUUGAUAUUAUACUGUAACCCUCCUUAAUGCUACAGUAAUGGACUCAACCAUCACCUGCAGUAUGUUGGACUGCCUGGUUACAUACUAUGCAUUUUCUGGGCAAAGUGGUAUUUACCCUAAAUUACCAGGUUCACUUGUACAAUCUAAAAUAAUACAGUAUAACCACCCUGAAAUAAAUCCAAAGUUAAUAAUGUUCAAUUUUGUUUCAUCCACCUAAAUUUACAGUAAAUACAUGACAGUGACAGAAUAUUAGAAACACCUUUCAAAAGUAAUGCAGUCCAGUUCAACACCAAAACUACAGUUAAAAAAUUACUAUAUAGUUGAAGCAACACCUCUGACAAACUGUCAACAAACACUGAACAUGCCAGGCUCCGCAGUGACAGCUUUUAUUGCAUGACAACUGGUAACUGCAUGUGUGUGUUACAACAUGAUGGCUUGUGGCAUGUGCAGAGGCCGGAUGUGGGAGUAAUGUUUGAUGUUAGAACGUGUGUCUCUGCUGUUUGUAAUCCAUAGAAAUUGAUCCUCUUAUGGAGGUGUACUGACUUCCGCUGGGCUCAGACCCUCUUAGGAAAACCAACUGCUGUGAAUCGGAAAGAAUAAUUUCCACAAUGUUUCACUUGAGCAGUUUUUUUAUAAUAGAAAGCUUAUUUUUUACAUAAUAGUUUGAUAGACAGAAACAUUCCACUAUUUUACAAAGCUUAUGUUACUGAAGUUCACUACCUAGGCCACAACAUUUCUCAUAUGUCAAGGUAGAAAUAAAAAUAUUCAGACAUCAGAAUGUCGUGAAGCAGAACUUCGCCUCCACUAGAAAUAGUCCAAUAGAUAGUUUUAUUUUUUCUUAAUACCUGGGUGACUGAGAUGACUCCACUGCUCCUUUAUUGUAUUUUAUCCUCAUAAUGCUUGUCAAAAGAAAAUAUUUCUCCAUGUAAACACACCAAAGUGCAUGUUCUACACCUGAAUGGAAAGUUAUUUUUCACUAUAUCUCAGAUAAUAUUAAGAUAAUAAUCGGAAUAAACAUGUAUGUCAAUGCUACGGUGUGCAUGUAGUAGUAUUUUUGAUUUACAAUUUCUGACACCUCUCAGAGUGUAACAUGACUAGCAGGUUUAGGAGUCACGGGUGUGUAUGGCAGAUUCCCCAGAUUUAACAUAUGUUCCCUCCAGUUCCACCUUAACUGGCAACAUAAAUGGCUGCAUUGAUUACUAUGAUUAAAUACACAUAAUCAAUCACACCUAUAGGAAGUAUUGUCCCUUAAAAGUUGUUGUUUUGGUUUAUAAAUGUUUUUUAGCAGCUUUGGCUUGAAGUUUCUAAACUGAAAGUGAUGUAUCUGAACUAACUCGAGCUAAAAUACAAUACCAUCCCUUGGAAAAAUGACAUAGAUUUAAAUAGGCCUUGUGGUACAUCUUUACCCCCACUUAAGACGCAUUAAGCACAGACAACACUGAUACAGAGGAAAUUACUGCUUUUCUAAAACUUAAGACAUACUUGCAGUCUUUGUCCUUACAAUAUGUUUCUAGUGCACUUUCUAGGCAAUUUAUAUGUUUCGAUUCUUAUCCAUGAAGCAAAUCACGUCUGAUGGGUCCCGAAUUCAUUCAGCAGUAUGACAACGAGUCCAAACAUACAGCCAGAGUCAUAAAGAACUAUCUUCAACAACUAUCUGACAGGAGGGACUAGGAGUUGUGCAACAGACGCUAUGGCCUAUGCAGAACCCUGAUCUCAACAUCAUGGAGUCAGUCUGGGAUCACAUGAAGAGACAGAAGACACUGACACAGCCUAAAUCCACAGAAGAUGCUCGGAACAACCUACCUGCCAAGUACCUUGAGAAAUUGUGUGAAUGUGUGCUGAGGGGAACGUUGCUGGUCACACAAAGUAGUGAUUCAAUUUAGAUUUUUUUUUUUUUUUUACUGCACUUUGUAUGAACUUAUUGGAUAAAUAAAAAC